UUAACUGUAUUUUAUAAUGCAAAAAUGUAUUAAAAAUAAUAAUUGCUAAAGAGCUGUGGCGUUAUGAAGAUUGCGCGAGAUGCUAAAGUGGACUCUCAUCACAAGCGUCUCCUGUAAUCUGUGGGUAGACGGCAGAACAUCGAGAGGAGAGACCUGAGAGUACUUCUGGAGCCGUGCGUGCGUGCGUGUGCGCGCACGCAUAACAUCACCGUUCGCGCCUGGUGCAUCGCUCGCAGGUCGGGAUUGAUUCGGUGCGUCGCGGAAACCAAAGUGCCCUCGCGAUGCCGCGUGCGUUGAGUGGAGAUCGGCGGGGCGCAGCCGACGCGCAGGUACAGGCGCACCGCGAGCGCGCGAGUUCUCUCCAAACCGAAGACGCCGAGAGGAACGGCGUUAUCUCCGGCCGCUUCCCACGCCGCGUGGUGGACACUUGAAGAAGGGGGAAGCGUGAACUUUGAGCGCCGAAGCCGGGGAGCGUUUGCCGCGACCCGCCGAACAUGACUUUCAUCUGCGCUCCAGGAUUUCAAAGUUCGCAAAAAUGAAGUUCGGCAAAAGCGUCUGUAUCUUAAACGUGGGUGGCACCAAGUACGCUUUUCCAAAGGACGUAAUCAAGGAUUUCCCUUUGAGGAGAGUGAGUCGUCUCCACAGUUGCGCCUCGGAGAGAGAAGUGCUGGAAGUGUGCGAUGAUUACGAAGAGAGGAACGAGUUCUUCUUUGACAGGCAUUCAGAAGCGUUCGGCUUCAUCAUGCUGUACGUGAAGUACGGCAAGCUGCGCUUCGUCCCGCAUAUGUGCGAGCUGUCGUUUUACAACGAGAUGAUCUACUGGGGGCUGGAGAGCUCUCAUCUGGAGUUCUGCUGCCAGCGGAGGCUCGACGACCGUAUGUCCGACACGUACACUCACUUCACCGAGGAGCACCACAGAGCGGCCGACGACUCGAGGACGGACGCGUCCUCGAACGGGAAGCGGGACUCGAAGUGGCUGGAGCGAAUGCGCAGGACUUUCGAGGAGCCCACCUCCUCCCUGGCCGCGCAAAUUUUGGCGUCCGUGUCGGUGAUUUUUGUCAUUGUGUCCAUGGUGAUACUUUGCGCGAGCACUCUUCCUGACUGGAAAACUGCCGAGAGCAACAUGGUGGAAGAGCACAGGAUCAUUGAGGCGGUGUGCAUCGGAUGGUUCACGGCAGAGUGCAUCGUGCGCUUCAUUGUGUCUCGAGACAAGUGUGAGUUUGUGCGACGCCCGCUGAACAUCAUAGACCUGCUGGCCAUUACCCCCUAUUACAUCUCUGUCACCAUGACGGUUCUGACCGGAGAAAACUCUCAGCUGCAGAGGGCCGGCGUGACGCUGAGAGUGCUACGCAUGAUGCGAAUCUUCUGGGUCAUCAAGCUAGCGCGACACUUCCUAGGGCUCCAGACUUUAGGGUUAACGCUGAAGCGCUGCUACCGUGAGAUGGUCAUGCUCCUGGUCUUCAUUUGCGUGGCCAUGGCCAUAUUCGGAGCGCUGGCGCAACUUCUAGAGCACGGUCUGGAUCUGGAGUCCGGGAAUGAGGAAUACGCUAGCAUUCCUGCCGCCUGCUGGUGGGUUAUUAUCUCCAUGACCACUGUCGGCUAUGGAGACAUGUACCCCAUCACUGUGCCGGGACGUGUGCUUGGUGGCCUGUGCGUCGUGAGCGGAAUAGUGCUGCUGGCUCUUCCCAUCACCUUCAUCUACCACAGCUUUGUGCAGUGCUACCACGAACUCAAGUUCCGCUCGGCUCGCUGCACCCGAAGCCUGUCCGCAGAGUUCCUCAACUGACUCUUUCUCUAGCUUCCCGCUAAAGAAAUCAACGGUUGGCGCAAAGGUCUCCAUCUGCCGUGUUCGUCUCCAGAUCAGCGCCGCCGAGCUCCAGUAUGCGCUGUAUCUGUUACUCAAGGGGCUGGAGGAGGCUGCCAUGGUGACGGUAUCACUAAGGCCAGGUGUCCUUGACAGGAGGGAAACUUUCAGAGGCCUUGAAAAGACUCAAGCCCCGGCUCUCUCAGAGAUCUGUUCAUUACCUUAUACGUGUGGCGUUCCUCCAAAGGAUUUCGCUUUUGAAUGCCACUUAGGCAGCCCACAGUGUUGGCAAGAAGAUACGAGAGAAAUAAUUGAAUCAUCUUGUCGCCCAGGAACCUUUCUCUUUGAUGAUGCCUUCAUUUAUAAGCAAUGAAGUUUUAAAGCAGUACCACUUUUCCAGCAUUUAAAAUAUUGAGAGCCUCUUUUUUCUUUUCUUUUUUUUUUUUUUAAAGGACAAUAGAUUACAAAAACAUGAAUUUUAAUCAAUCUGUUCCACUUUCUGCAUACUCUUUCCAGGCUAAAUUGUUGUGUAGACUCAAUUCAGUGUGACAGCAAACCUCCAGAGGUAGUGGGACAUAAUGAGCGGAAUAGACUGAGAAUUACAAGGAUAAAGUGAGAGCUGUGUGGGCAGCUAUGCUGAGAGGAACAUAACAUGCCAUGGAGAGAGAGUGCUGUCAUGGAGAGUCGGGUGUUUUGGAUGACACCAAGCAGAGCGCGUAGAGUUCUCCCCAAUCUUCUACCUAUGAAUGUCCUCUACCGCUCUGCCAGUUUUCACACGGGAUUGAGAUGCCUUGAGGCUUGUGCACCCUUGGAGCUGCUCAGAAAGCAAGGUUCUGGAGAUCUUUAGUGACACAGCUACCUCAAGGCCAUCUCCUCCCAUGGAGUCACCCAUGACACCCACUUCUCCCCGACUCACUGCUGUCUCUAUGUUGUUGUGGCUCUUAUGUUCCUUAAUGCUCUUAAGGGAACAUAGAGAGAAUGUGCCGUUAUCUGGGUUUUUUGUCUCAACGCAUUUCUUUAUGUGCAUCAUGGGAGGGCCGCUGCUAAAGGAAAUGAAAAAACUGUGUGUAAAAUUGUGACAAAAGAGUUAUUUGAUGUCAAAAAAGCAUGUAAAUAAUGUUGGCCUGUUUACAUUUUUAAAUGGAGGCCAGUAGUUAGGGAAAAGUCAUUAGGAAUAUCGACCCUGUUUAUUUUCUUGGGGCACAUUCAUCUGUGCAUAUUAUUCCAGAUUCCCAAAAAGUCUUAACAAUUUGAUCCACCAAUUUGAUUUUUUUGUUUGCUUUUGCUUUCAAAUCCUCCCUUUCAACCACCUAGUCCAUUAUGGUUCCCAAUAUCAGAUAUAAAAAGGUCCUAUGCUAGAUUUUCCUCACUGAAUAUGCUGUUGUUUUACACGUGUAAAUAUUCAGAGCACAGAAGUAAAACAGAUUCAUGUUGAAACAUUUUGCAUUUUAGAAAUCUGCAUCAUUUU